AUGAGGAUAUACCCAAGCCCAGGUCCUUUCGUACCCAUCGCCAAUCGCUCCGCUUUCACACAUCUUUUGAGCAAAGAUGGGAAUCUCGUCGGAGGGUACGAUGCCAGCCUACCAGCCUACAUCGAUGCAGAAUCCGGGACAACGUUGUCUCGAGGACAAGUCAGGUCACUGAGUCUAUCUUUCGGACAAGGAUUGAAGAGCUACGGUGCGAAGAGGGGGGACACCAUCUUGGUAUUUUCGCCAAACUGUCUUGCUUAUCCUAUCAUUAUUCUUGGAGCUUUGGCUGCGGGGCUACGUUGCACACUCGCGAACCCGACUUACACUCCCCAUGAACUGGUUCUUCAAUACACUGACAGUGAUGCACAUCUGAUCUUCACCACAGAGGAAGAAUUGGCGACGACCAAGGCCAUGCUGAACGAGCUUGGCGUGCCGGAGGAGGAGAGCGUUAAGAGAGUCAUCAUGCUUGGUAAAAGUUUGCGCUGGGCCGGUGGACCUGACGCCACAAUCAACUCCGAAGCAUCCGAGCUGCCGCGAUGGGAGGAACUUCUUGGUCUUGGCGCUUUGGAAAAGGAAGAGAGCUUUGAUGGGCCACUUGCGGAGGAGACGGCGCUUCUGUGCUAUAGCUCCGGUACUACAGGAAAGCCAAAGGUUACAACGCACAGGAAUAUUAUCGCGGUGUUAGAUAUCGGGGAAGCAAACUACCCCAAGGAUGUAGGGACAGUGAUACUAGGAUUCCUCCCUAUGUAUCAUAUAUACGGUGCGACAUCGCUGGUACUCCUGAGCCAAAAACUGGGGUUGACCGUUGUGAUACAAAAACGCUUCGAUCCCAUCGUUUUCUGUUCCGAUAUUCAGAAAUACAAGGUGACAACAGUAACAGUUGUACCUCCCAUAUUAGUGUUCCUCUCCCGACACCCAGUUGUGGAACAAUUCGACCUCUCAACGUUAAAAAUGUUAGUCUGCGGGGCGGCCCCUUUGGGAAUUGAGCUGUCAAAGCAGUUGUGCAAGGUUGGGGUGUUUCGUACUGAUAAAAGCUCUAACAACCACAUACCCUUAGGAUAUGGAAUGACGGAAUUACCAUCGGCACACUUUCUUUCCCCGGAAGAUGCGGAAAGGAAAUGCGGCAGUAUUGGGAAGCUCUACUCAAACCUAGAGGCCCGUUUAGUUGCCGGGGAUGUCGAUGCAGAGGAGGGUCAGCCCGGGGAACUUUGGAUCAGAGGACCAAUGGUUAUGAAGGGGUACUUGAACAAUCCUGAUGCAACUCGAGACUCAAUGACCGAGGACGGAUGGUACAAGACCGGAGACGUAGCGAUUCGGGAUUCAGAAGGAUAUUAUUAUAUCGUCGAUCGAGUGAAAGAGCUCAUCAAGUACAAGGUGCUUCACGAUUCAUUUCAUCUGCCUCCGGCCGAGCUUGAAAGUGUGCUAUUGGGCCACCCUGAUAUCGCCGAUGCCGCUGUGAUAGGAGUGUACGAUACAUCGCAAGCUACGGAGCUACCAAGAGCUUACGUCGUACCUGCAAACCCGGAUAGAACAAAAACUAACGGACAAAAAGUAUCAUUUGAAUCGGAAGUAGCGAAAUGGAUGGCAACAAAGGUGGCGCACCACAAGCACUUACGUGGAGGUGUUGUGGUUAUAGACGUCAUUCCAAAAAGCCCUGCAGGCAAAAUACUUCGACGGGAACUUCGCGAGCUCGCGAAAAAAGAAAUUCGAAGUCGAUUGUGA